AGCUGCUUUGGCCCGAGACCCCGCUGCAGGCGCCCCUUGCCGGACGAGGCCUCCCCCCCCGGGUCGUCACCGAUGGCCGCCCGCCGCCCCGUGCUGCUCGCCCUCUGCCUCGCCGCCGCCAGCGCGUGGCUGCUCAGCGGCGUGGCCGCGCCGCCCGCCGCCCCGCAGGGCUUCGUCGCCCCCUCGCCGGCCCUGCGCGCUGGGGCCCGCGGCGCCAUGGCGGGCGCUGAGGUCGAGAGGGCUGCGCUCUCGGUUGCGCUGCGCGCGCUGCCCGAGCCGAAGCCCAACGAGGAGAUGCUGCCGGUGGACCUCAACCGCACGUCCCUCUACUGGGGCCUGCUCACCAUCUGGCCCAUCACCAUCUGCAUCCUGUCUGUGCUGUUCUCCAGCUACCUGUUCAACUGAGCCCCCCAAAAUGCGCGGGAGGCGCAGAGGUCGGCGCCAGCGCGAGCCAAGAGGCGGUCGCCUCCACCGAAGAAAAGGAUAUCCUCCCGUCUCGGUGGCGGUGGUGAUCUCUGGGUAUCUCUGGUGGCCUGGACAGUUCCACCACCGUCAGCAUCGAGGACAAUCCCCCCCUCGCCCCCCAGUGGAGGCGGACGCCCGAACUGGCUCUGGUGCGAACCUCUGGGUCUCUGGGAGAGGGGACAGGCUGCAGUUUUUCGCGCCAGUUUUUUAGGAUAGCGCCGCGUUGGCCGCGCACCGCGGAGUUUAUGCGUAGGGCGCCGCGCGGGUGCAGGAGCGUGGCCCGCGGAGUCUGCAAGAGGGUCUCGC